AUGCCGCUCAAGCAGAAUUUGACUACAACUUCGACCAAACAGGUCCCCUCACUGAUUUCGGAUUCAUCUCUUUUUGAGAAACUACCCAAACAAUACCGGGGCAGCUUCUCGUCCGCAACUGAAAGUGUGCUGAACCAAUUCCCCGCUGAUUGGCCUGAGAUGGAGUAUAUUGGUGGUGAUGCUUUACACCGGGUACAAUACCAAUUUCAUGACAGCGGAUCUUUCGGUGAUGACGGUUACGAAUAUGCUUCGAUAGACAGUGCUUUGGUUGCGCCUCUAUCACGUGGAAACGUUACCAUAAAUUCUACAGACACAAUGGACCCACCUCUCAUCAAUCCAAAUUGGCUCACAGCUGAAGCAGAUGUUGAAGUAGCCAUCGCUGGCUUCAAGCGUACAAGGCAAUUCUGGGCAAACAUGAACAACAUCACAAUCGGCGAGGAGUAUCUACCAGGUCCCAACGUCACGACGGAUGAAGAGAUACUUGCGUUCCUUCGUCAGGAUGCCCUCGAGCUGUGGCAUGCUUCCGCUACGUGCGCUAUGGGCAAAAAGGGUGAUCCCAUGGCGGUUGUCGACACGCAUGCAAGGGUGUUUGGUGUGCAGGGUCUGAGAGUGGUAGACGCGAGCGCUUUCCCAUUCUUGCCGCCAGGUCAUCCUCAAUCGACAGUGUACGCGCUUGCGGAGAAGAUUGCUGAUGAUAUCAAGCGUGGCCAGUAG